AUGGUUGGAGCUGUCGGACCUCCGUGCAGACCAUCGUUCAGAGAAAACUGGCUUUCACAGCUGGCAGAGGCCUGGCGGGAAGUGGAUAGGGUUCGUUCUCAGGCUCAAGAGCUGCAGUCUCAGGUCGAGGAGCUGCAGGAGGAAGUGGCCCUCCAGGAGAAGAGUCACAACGACUCAUUUUUACUGUCUGAGCUUGAAAACAAUCUAGACGUGGCAGACUGGAGCCUGGACAAAGAGCAGGUCUGUCAGGAGCUGCACUACAUCCUGGACCUGCUUCAGCCUGUGGCCUACAGAUCAGAGGCUGAUCAGGACUCAGAUGACAGCCUGCAGGGCAUGCUGGGACAACUGAAGCACGCAGCUCAGUGGAGGAGUGAGACACUACAGGAGAAGAGGAAGUCCAUUGUGGGAUCGGUGAGCGAUCCGUGUAAGAAUGCCACCCGGAUACAGGAGCUGCAGGAUCAGAAUGAGCGUCUCGUAGCAGAAAGCACCGAGCUCAAGCUGCGAGCUGAGAGACUUGUGGAGCAGGAAGUAGUUCAGCAGGCCGUAAAGUAA